AUGUCAACAACAUUUUCUUUUAUUGGAAAACAAAUAAUCAUUUAUUGUGGAACACCUUCCUUUCUUAGUGGUGUAUGUGGAGGACUUCUUAAUACUCUUGUAUUACUUAGUCUUCAAACAUUUCGAGACAGUUCAUGUGCAUUUUAUUUAACUAUUAUGUCUAUUUUUAAUAUUGGUCAAUUGUUUACUGGUCUUUUUUUACGAAUUAUGAUCGCACUAUAUGAUAUUGAUGGAACAGAAACAUCAUUAUUCUAUUGCAAAUUUCGAUUAUAUUUAUUUCAUGUAUGUACUGCAAUUUCAUUGACAUGUCUCUGUUUAGCUACAUUCGAUCAAUAUUGUUCUACAUGUUAUCGUUCACAUUGGCAGCAAUUUUGUAAUAUCGAAUUGGCCCAAUGUCUAGCAAUCAUAAGUAAUAUUAUAUGGUCUUUGCAUGGAAUUCCAUUCUUAGUUUAUUUUAAUCAUAUUCAAUCGCCUAGUACAAACACUAUUUUUACUCAAUAUCGUGCUUUUGUUAUCUUUCUUGGCCUUAUUGGAUAUCUACCCAUUACUAUUGCAACUUUAUUUGGAUUGAUGGCUUAUUAUAAUGUGCAAUAA